CGUGACGUAUUAAAGGUGCGCCUGCUGGAAUUUGAAAGAGACAGCGCCGUUUAUCAAACAGCAUAAGAUAAAGAACAGCUAGUUCAUUUAUUUUCAUAUUUAUUUAAAUGGCGUUGCACACCAGUUUGUAGGCGUGGGCGGUAAAAAAAAAAAAAAAAACUACUAAACAGAAUCCCGUGUGCUGCCAUGGACAGUGUGAAGAUGGAAUCUUUCCUGAUUAAAGAGGAGUUCCCUGACCUUGUACUUGUCCCCAUUAGAGUGGAGUUCUCUGGGCUGCCUUCCCUCCCCAUUAAACAGGAGCUCUGUGAGAUGCAAUGUGACAGCAGUCAGCCAGUCUCUGAGAGUAAAGCUGAGCACAAUGAAUUGGAGAUUCCCCAGACAAAAUUGGAGAUUCCCCAGACAGAAUUGGAGAUCCCCCAGAUAGAAUUGGAGAUCCCUCGGACAAAGCACCCGGAGAACAUUGUAGAUCGGUUGUUAAAGACUCCCUUCGGAACGCUGGAAUAUGCAGAGAAGGUUCGCAUAAAAUCUGAAGGCAGGCCUCGCCCUCAAAUAAACUCCGUCCAAGAUGAUGCUGGAAGGAGCCGGUCAUUUCGCUGUCAGUGGUAUGACAAAGUGGACUGGCUGACCGGGAGUGCUGUGACAAACUGCCUGUACUGUUGGCCCUGUUUACUCUUCAAUGUCUCGAAUAGUUUCGUUACCUGGACCAAAUCCGGAUAUAAUGAUUUUAAAAACAUGGACCGAUCAGUGAAACGACACUCCAAAUCCAAAGAGCACGUCAGUGCCGAGGUGAAAUUGAAACUGCUGGGACAAAGUCGCUUUGAGCACGUUGUGGACGAAGGCGCGCGAAUUCAAGUAGCGAAGCAUAACGAGACCGUGAGAAGGAACAGGGCUAUUCUGAAACGUCUGAUUGAUGCAACAACUUACCUGGGUCGCCAGGAGCUGGCAUUCAGAGGGCAGGACCACACAGCGGACUCAUUAAACAAGGGGAACUACGGGGAGCUGACGGAGGUGAUCGCGCACUACGAUGAAUUGCUUGCCACUCACAUCGAGCAAUCUGCCGUCUUCACUGGAAUGUCGGAACCCAUUCAGAACGAUCUGAUUUCUUCCAUCUCGUUGUCCGUGCUGGAGGAGAUCAAAAAGGAAAUCAAUGCUGCUCCUUUUUUUGCGUGGCAGGUGGACGAAAUGACCGACAUUGGCUGCAGUUCCCAGCUUUCUAUAAUCGUGCGGUAUGUGGACGAAAUAGGAUCGCCACAAGAGCGGUUCCUGGGUUUAUUUGACUCGACCGGUGUGAGAGACGGGCAGUCAGUGUUCAAGCUUGUCAGCACAGCCAUGUCCGAGUUCGAUUACAAGGAGAAACUGGUCGCACAGGCGUACGACGGAGCUACAGUGAUGCCUUCUGAAUUAAACCGGCUACAAGCCAAAGUUAGAGAGGUGGCUCCCAGCGCUGUCUUUACACACUGCUGCACGCAUCAUCUCAACCUCGUAUUAAGCCAAGGGGCAAAAUUCAUUACGCAGGCUCGGGUAUUCUUUGCAACACUAGAAGGGUUUUCUUCGUUUUUUUCAAAGUCCCCCAAAAGGGUAGCUUUGUUGGAAGAAACCGGUUGUGCUGCGACUUGCUGGAACCUCACUUCAAGGAUCGUCGGGACUGUUGCCAGUAACUAUGCCAAACUGCUUGAGACGUUCUCGCGCGUUGUCAGCUCUGAGGGAAUGGAUGAUGACACCGUCGGAGCGGCCAGCGGGUUCGUUCGUACUCUCGAAGAUUUCGACUUCGUCUUCAUGCUUUUCACGUUCAACCAAGUUUUCUCCGACACGGACGCAGCAUACGAUAUUGUUCAGCAGAAAGCGAUGGAUGUCACCUUCUGCAAAAACAGAAUCGAGAACCUGCUUCAGUCCACAGAGGAGAAAAGGUCAGAAGAAGCGUUUAAUAAAAUCUAUGAAGAAGCAGCCAGCUUGACAGAAGACCCAGCUGACAGACACCUGAGAAAGAGACACCGACAGGAGAGUGCGAGCCAAGAUUCAAAGCAGCACUACCGCAUGCUGUAUCAUUCCGUUUUGAACAAUUUACUGCUUCAGAUCCGUCAUCGAUACGCAAGCCUGGAGGAGACGCGAUUUCUUGAGCUGUUGAAUCCCGAGAAAUUUGCCACAAUGAGGUCCACGUUCCCAGAUGAAGCGUUGGGGUGCCUGAAUAAGGGAUACGGGAGAUUUUUUGAAAUGGACCGUUUGAAAACGGAGCUGCAAGUUUUCUAUUGGGACAGGGAGCUGCACGGUGCCAGCAGCAGCAUUUCAGAUUUGCUGCAGUCCUUCAAGCGCAAUGGUCUCGACCACGCCAUGCACCAGCUGUACAAGCUCAUGUGUUUAGUAGCAACAGUUGGAGCAACGUCAUGCGGUGUGGACAGAACCUUCUCCUGUCUCGAAAGGCUAAAGAGCUAUGCCAGGAACACAAUGGGACAAGAACGCUUUAAAAACCUGGCGGUUUUAUCUAUUGAGAAGAGCAUCGUGAAGGCCCUGGAAAAGAAUCCUUGCUGGUACGAUGGAGUCAUUGACCAUUUCGCAACGCGCAGAGAGAGAAGGGCAGACUUUAUCUACAAGUAAAGUGAUAGAGGACUGAGGAGCAAGGGAGCUGUCACCACAGAGCCAGCAUCGCCACCCAGAGCACUACUCACCCAUUCACAGCGUCUCCAGGAUAAAGGGACACUGAGCACUUUUCGUGCACCCAAGGAUUAUAAAAAGAAGCCUUGUUUGUUUUGGGACUGUGACCCACUGUCUGCUCCCCCGAUACAAGAAAUGUCAUUUCUUCAGCCAGUCUUGAUUACCGUGAUAAUUUAUAGCGAUAACACCAUGUAACAAUUUUUUUUUUUUUUUGGU